AGCCACAGCAGGCCUCUUCCUCUGCAAUAUGAGGCUCAAGAACUGCAUUGGCAUCUUCUCUCCGUAUGUGAAAACUGGAUCGGGUCAGAAGGCUGAAGGUGUUUCUAGAUACUUUAUUUGACUCAGAACUGGAGCGUACUUUCGUAGUAAUAGCUGUGUCAGAAAGAGCAUUAACUGUUGUCUUUGCUGCUACUGUUUGCUUCUUCAUGAACAAAUUGCUGUCUAAUAUUAAAAUUUAGGAUUUCGCCAUUUACCAUAAACAGUUAUUUCUUCCUUCAGGAGGCCAAAAAUGGCGUUCAAAGUGAACCCGGAAGCUUGUAACCUUUUGUGAGUCUACCCAUCACAAGCAUAUUAUAAGAUGGGGAAGUCUAUGAUCCAUGUAAGGUACCGGAAGGAGUGUAUUUCCUGUCCGUCGCUAUCCUUCGAUCACUUCCGGUGUGGUGUCCGCGCCCAGCAAUGGUAGUGGCAGCCGUAGCAGCGAUGGCGCUCGCUGAGUAAAGAAAUGCGUUGUGAGCACUGCUAUUUCUGCUAGUCUGCAUUCCUGCCGUCGCCAGUGGGCCUACCGCGCGGCAGCGUGGGGGGAAAGACUCUGACGACUCGUUCUCGUUGGUCGGCUGGCUUCUGCCGUUGUAACGAUGGCGCCGGUGCAGCUGGAAAGCCACCAGCUGGUACCCGCCGGAGGUGGGCCCACCUCGGCCCCGGCUCCACCGCCUCCAGGAACAGCGGCAACAGCCACCAGUCCCGGCUACCGACUCAGUACUCUCAUCGAUUUUCUGUUACAUCGCACUUAUGCGGAGCUCACCGUUUUGGCCGACCUAUUGCCAAGAAAAACAGAUAUGGAAAGAAAAAUAGAAAUAGUUCAGUUUGCAAGUCGCACGCGGCAGCUGUUUGUCCGAUUGUUAGCCUUGGUAAAAUGGGCAAAUAAUGCUGGAAAGGUGGAAAAAUGUGCGAUGAUAUCUAGUUUUCUUGAUCAACAAGCUAUUCUGUUCGUUGACACUGCUGAUCGUUUAGCAUCACUAGCCAGAGAUGCUUUGGUUCAUGCUCGGCUGCCCAGCUUUGCCAUUCCAUAUGCUAUUGAUGUACUGACAACUGGGUCAUAUCCAAGGCUGCCAACAUGUAUACGGGAUAAAAUAAUUCCUCCCGACCCAAUAACAAAAACUGAGAAACAAACAACACUGCAUCAAUUAAACCAGAUUCUUCGUCACCGGCUGGUGACAACAGAUCUUCCUCCACAGUUGGCAAAUCUUACAAUUGCUAAUGGUCGCGUAAAGUUUCGUGUUGAAGGGGAAUUUGAGGCUACUUUAACAGUGAUGGGAGAUGAUCCUGAUAUCCCAUGGCGUCUUCUCAAACUGGAAAUUCUCGUUGAGGACAAAGAGACUGGAGAUGGACGAGCUUUAGUUCAUAGUAUGCAGAUAAGUUUUAUCCAUCAGUUGGUCCAGUCUCGGCUCUUUGCUGAUGAGAAACCUCUGCAAGACAUGUACAACUGUCUACACUCCUUCUGCUUGUCGCUGCAGUUGGAAGUUUUACAUUCACAGACUUUAAUGCUGAUUCGAGAGCGCUGGGGUGAUCUUGUGCAAGUAGAGCGGUAUAAUGCAGGCAAAUGUCUCUCUCUCUCCGUCUGGAAUCAACAGGUGGUUGGGCGAAAAACAGGGACUGCAUCCCUUCAUAAGGUCACCAUUAAGAUAGAUGAGAAUGAUGUGUCUAAACCUUUGCAAAUUUCUCAUGAACCUCCCCUUCCAGCCUGUGAUUCCAAAUUAAUUGAAAGAGCUAUGAAGAUAGACCACCUAUCGGUAGAGAAGCUUCUGAUAGACAGUGUCCAUGCAAGAGCUCAUCAGAAACUCCAGGAACUGAAAGCCAUUCUUAAGAAUUAUAAUGUCAAUGACAAUUCUUUUAUAGAAACGGCUCUCCCCACCCUUGUCAUCCCAAUUCUGGAGCCAUGUGGUCGUUCUGAAUGUCUACACAUUUUUGUAGACCUUCAUUCUGGAGUGUUUCAAUUAAUGCUUUAUGGAAUUGUUCCUCAGGCACAUACAUCUGCCACAUCCGGUCUGCAGCUGUCUCCUGAUUUCCUCUCCCAACUUCAAGCCAUGCUGGCAUGUUUCACCCAAAUGCAGUCACUACCACAAGUUCCUGCCAUACCUCCACUUAACAUGGUCCAACGUGCGUGCCAUGAAGCUCAUUCUUCUGGAUCACCAGAUCGCUUUGAUGUAGCCAGAGGCAGAUGUUCGGACGAAACAUCGUAUGCGGAGGAGUCAACUUUCACUGACCAUGUUGAAGGAGACGACUGGAGCGACUAUUCAGAUCAUGAGGAGGAUACAUCGUAUCGCUUGUUUAAUACCUCAGAUUAUCAGCCACUAGCACGCAGGGUAGUCAAUACCCUUGGUCUCCAGACUGCGCCUUCAACUUCGCCCGCCCCAGCUAUCAAAGGGGCCAAGGUCCUCAAAUCCCCUGCACCGACUGAGCACUACAUCCCGGUGCCGGACCUAAUUGCCAAAUUAGCCUCUGAAGAAUGGGCCCAUCCACUCAAAGCUCGACGCUUCAAGAACCUGGCUGACAGACUUUACGCCCUAGCCCCGGACUUUGCCACCAAGUUAGAUGUCCCUGGCAUAGAUGAACCAAUCGCUCGCCUCGUUUCACGAUCGCUUUUGCCCAGGGAAGGGGAAUCCCACCUAAAAGACACUACUGAGCGACAAAUAGACUUUGCCCUCCGCAAGAAUCACGAGGCCGCUACCCUAGCCAUGCGUGCCUCCGCUUCAGCCUCCAUCUUCUCCAGAGCAUCUAUGAUGUGGCUGGAUGACCUUCUAGAGGAUUCUAACCCUGAUCCUGUCACCCUCAGAAGAGCACUAUUGAAAUUGCGUAAGACAGCAGCCUUUGUGGCCGAUGCCACUUUGGAUGCCACUCAAUUAGGGGCACGAGCCAUGACGGCUCAAAUAGUCGCUCGUCGCACCCUCUGGCUUCGCCACUGGCAAGCUGAUUCAGCGGCCAGAUUGAAUCUGUCCAGGGCUCCUUACUCCGGAUCUCUACUCUUCGGCGAGGAAGCUCUAAAGGCAGUGCUGGUUGAUCCAAAAGACGCCCACAAACCGGUUCUGGCCACAGUCAAGAACAGCGACCACAGGCCUUUCAGGCGAUUUCCUUCAUUCCGUUCUAACCAGCCCUUUCGAGGAACGCGGCCAGGAGGACGAGGCCGCGACUUCAGACCCUAUGACCCCAACGCAUUCAGGGGCUCCUGGAACCGACGCUUCCAGGGCAGAGGCCUACGGCUGGCUUGUCAACUUCGACAAAAGCCAUCUCCAACCAACCCAACGCCUACUACAUCUAGGGGCAAUGUUGGACACCCUGCAGGCAAUGGUUUUCUUGGCUCCAGAUUGCAUCACUGCCAUCACAAGCAUCGCAAGGUCCCUGAUGCAACAAACAUCCGCAGACGUCAUGCUUCUCGCCAGAGCACUCGGGAUGUUCAUAUCUACAAUCCACAUUGUGCCAUGGGCUCGAGCCCACACUCGGCCCCUUCAAUGGAUUCUGUUGCCUUUUCAAAAAGACAUUGCCAGCUCCAACCAUCGCAAAGUUCGCUUGAGCCCCGCACUGCGCCUCUCCUUCCGCUGGUGGACCAAGGUUCAACACCUCUCCAAGGGCACGUCGUUCAGAGAACCCCGCAGAACCGUUGUAACCACAGAUGCCAGCCUCAUAGGUUGGGGAGCCCACUGCAACUCCCAGUACGUUCAGGGGGUUUGGUCCAACACAGAGCAAUCCCAAAGCAUCAACUGGCUGGAACUAAAGGCUGUCCACUUAGCCCUAUGUCAUUUUCAGUCUCUGUUCCCUUUGCAUCAUGUGCUCAUUCAAACAGACAACACGUGUAUAAAAUCACAUUUGAACAGACAGGGGGGCACCAGGUCUCGUCCUCUGCAGGACUUAGCCUCCCUCAUCUUUGUCUGGGCAGAACAACAUCUACAAUCCCUGAAAGCAGAGCACCUCAGAGGGAUUUGGAAUGUGACAGCAGACUGGCUCAGCAGACAACAGGUCUUUCCGGGAGAAUGGAAACUUCAUCCAGCCAUUUUCCAUCGUCUCCAGUGUCGGUUCGGCGCCCUCUCAGUCAACCUGUUUGCUUCCAGUCGCAAUUGCCAGCUUCCCAGGUACUUUGCCCGAUACCUGGACUCAACAGCAGAAGCAGUGGAUGCUCUGACAACACCGUGGCCAAACGGUCUAUUGUACGCCUUUCCUCCCAUACCAUUGUUAGCCAAAACCUUGAGGAAGGCGCGAACCGAAAGGGCACAGCUGGUUCUGAUAGCACCAUUUUGGCCACGCCGACCGUGGUUUUCAGAUCUUCUGGCAAUGUCAAUGAUGGAUCCUUGGACACUUCCAGUAAGGCCAGACCUUUUAUCCCAGGGUCCAGUACUGCACCAGGACCCUACUUGGUUCAAUCUAACAGCGUGGCGUUUGAACGGGGACAUUUGAGGUCAGCUGGACUGUCUGACGCUGUGAUUGAUAUUAUUUUGGCCUCGAGAAGACCAUCUACCACCCGUAUUUAUCAACAUACCUGGGUGGCUUUCUCCAAGUGGUGUCAGUCCCACCACCAUGAUCCAUCCCAGGCCACUGUGCAUCAGGUGCUCCAAUUUCUCCAUAGCGGCUUUAUGAUGGGACUUCGACCCAACACCCUACGUCGACAUGCGUCCACUCUGUCGUCCAUUCUCUCAGUGUCCUCCCCUGGAGAUCAUAUUUCCUCACAUCCGUUCAUCAAACGUUUUUUGAGGGGAGUCGCCCUACGCUCUCCGGCUGUUGUCCAUCGGUUUCCCUCAUGGAGUUUGCCGAAGGUUCUGCAGGCUUUGCAACGUCCUCCGUUUGAACCCAUCAGGACUGUGCCUCUUCGUAUACUGUCCUUCAAGGUCUUGUUCCUGAUCGCAAUCACAUCUGCUAGACGAGUUUCGGAGUUGGGCGCAUUGUCUUCCGUUCGCCAUCUCUGCGUCUUCCAUAAGGACUCUGUUGUACUGAAAACUGAUCCUUCCUUCCGUCCCAAGGUUGAUUCAGUGUUGCAUUGCAACCAGGACAUUGUUUUGCCUUCCUUUUGCCCGAAUCCUACCCAUCCUCUCGAGAAGGCUUGGCAUUCGUUGGAUGUCCGGAGGGCUCUCAAGACCUACCUGUCUAGGACCCAGGAUAUACGGCGAACUGAGUCUCUGUUUGUAUCCUUUCAUCCAAGGUCUGUGGGGCAUAAAGUUUCCAAUCCUACCUUAUCCCGUUGGUUAAGGGCAUGUAUUACUUUAGCAUAUGAGUCUCUGAAGCUGUCAGUUCCAGCUAGUAUAACGGCUCAUUCUACCAGGUCAGCUGCCACUUCGGCUGCUUUUGCCACUAAUGCUCCUGUUGCCGAUAUUUGUAGGGCUGCAGUCUGGUCUACCCCACACUCGUUUAUAAGGCAUUAUAAAAUGGAUCGCUAUGCCUCUGCUGACGUUUCUUUUGGCAGACGAGUGUUGCAACAGGUUCUUAAUGACGAUUAACACGUGGGUGGUCCCUCCCUGUUUGGGCUGCUGGGGUACAUCCCGUUGUGAUGGCCGGACUCAUAGGGAAAAUGGACCAUUGGUCUCACCUGAAGGGUGAUUUUCCUAUGAGGACGGACAUCACGACCCUCCCAGUUGGAGGAUGACUAUAUAUUUUCUAAUGUGUUCUAUAUUACUGUUACGCUAUUAUAUUUAAAUUUAAAAGUGAAGUCAAGACUUCUAGUUCUGUUAUACCGCUAUGUUGGAGUCAUGUUACUGUGCAUGGUACUAUUGUGUUAUUUUCCUGCUGCCAGGCCUGUUGGCCUUGUUCUUGUAUUUUUAGAUAUCUCUCCUUAGACUCGCUGCGAAUGAACUGGAGAGUGGGAGGGGCCUGAC